AUGCCAGCGCCCACCCUGCUGCCAGCCCUGCUGGUGCUGGUGGCGGUGUCGGCGCCAGCGGCCGGCGCUGAUGCCGCCGCCCGCGUUUUACGCACUGUGCACCUCAUGGACCCAGGCGUCCCUGCAGAGCCAGCCCCCACCAGCCCUAGCCAGACCAAGUUCCCUGAGCUGCCGCAGCCGCCCCAGGAGCAGUCCCCUGAGAACGCUCACAAGGCCAUUGAAGCAUGGACGGAAAAGUUCUGGGCUCAGCAGGCACAGCAUGAAAAGCACGCAGCCCAGGACCUUGCGCCGCACGACAACGUCAGCCUGCUGGAGCGCCUGAUUGGCCAGCAGGAGCGCGACAGCUGCGGCAUAGACCGGCGGCGCUUCCCCGUCCCGCACGGCUAUCUGGUGGUCCUGCCCGCCGGCGACAACUUCAACGCCUCCAAGCUGCUGGACCGCCCCCACAUGGCCAACUGGGACCUGGUGGUCCUGUACUACGGCAGCAGCCCCGGCACCUUCAACUGCUCCCUGUGCAAGGCGGUGUACGCGGCCAACGGGCCCAAGUGGCGGCUGACGUACCGCUUCACGCUGCUUGAGGAGUGGCAGGCGUACCGCCAGCGCUACAAGGCCAUCCUGCUGCCAGACGACGACCUGCUGAUGGACACCUGCACCAUCAACAAGCUCUUCUCUGUCUUGGUGGCCUACGACCUUCUCAUGGCUCAGGCAAGCGCCACAGAACAGGGGUGCGCUCUGCUGCUGUUCACCGUGGUGCAGCCCAGCCUGUGCCCGCUGAUCUGGAGCUACACGCCGUGGGCAGCGCUGUACCAAAGCUCCGCAAACAUUUUGCGCUUCACAACAUUCAUCGAGAUCAUGGCGCCCGUGUUCCAGAUGGAGUUUUUCGACAGCUUCGUCAGGCCCACACUCUACAACGCACACGUCGGUUGGGGUCUGGACUUUGUGUGGCCUUUUCUGCUGAAGUACCCGCGUGACAAGAUAGCUGUGGUGGAUGAGGUCUGCGUGGUGCACCCCUAUGCGCCCAACAAGGGCGGCAGCGUGUACCAGGCAGAGGCGCCGUACUUCAAGAAGGAAGAGGAGGCGCGCCGGUUUGCCGAGUAUGGCUACUUCGACUCUGAGAUUGCCAGGCGGGGCUUCUGGUUCCAGGCUGUGGAGGUGCUAGGGGCGGUGGCCAAGCCGGUGCGGCAGGAGGGCCUCCUCGAGACGUCCAGCAAAGCGCUCCAGCUGCGUCUGGGGCCGCUGUUUCCGCUGCUGCUCUUCGGCCAAUCGUGCCUCAUUGUCUUUGGUUGUGGUGCGGUCGUGUGCCUGCGCCUGCGGCAGCAGAUGCGCAGGCGGCGCGGCCAGCGGUACAAUGCGCUGCUGGCCAACGGAGGGGUGUGA